AAAUUUUAUUACAGAUGGGCAUAGUUAAGACUGAAACAACCUAGUGAAUCCUAUAAAAGGACAAUGGAGCUAACCUCUGCGGAAGGUGUACUUGGCUUAGCUCCUCUCUGGAAAAGGGUCGCUGGGCUGGGCUGUCGCCAUGUCUUUUCGACUUUCCGGUGGAUCCAGGCAGAUCUGCUCACGAGCUGCGUCUGUUAGGCUGUCUGGUGGAGGAACAACAGGCUUCGUGGCUGGGAAUGUGUGUGUCGGGUCAGGAGCAGGGAGCAGCUUUUCUUGUACCCUUGGGGGCAUUUCUUCCGGAGGAAGCUUCUGCAAUGGUGGUGGAGGGUCAGGGAGUGGUGUGGGUGCUGGUUUUCUUGGCAAUGAGCACGGCCUCCUUUCUGGGAAUGAAAAGGUGACCAUGCAGAACCUCAAUGACCGCCUGGCGUCCUACCUGGACCAUGUGCGAGCUCUGGAGGAAGCCAACGCAGACCUAGAGCAGAAGAUCAAGGGUUGGUAUGAGAAAUGUGGGCCUGGUUCCUUCCGGAGACACGAUCACGACAAUAGUAGAUACUCCUCCGUCAUUGAAGAUCUUAAAAGGCAGAUUGUUUCUGUGACCAGCUGUAAUGCCAGUAUUGUUCUACAAAAUGACAAUGCCAGACUGGCUGCUGAUGACUUCAAGCUGAAGUACGAAAACGAGCUUGCCCUGCACCAGAGUGUUCAGGCCGACACCAGCAAUCUUCGCAGAGCGUUGGAUGAGCUGACCCUUUGCAUAACCGACUUGGAGAUACAGUGCGAGACCCUCAGUGACGAGCUGACAUACCUCAAAAACAAUCACCAGGAGGAAAUGCAGGUCCUGCAAUGUGCAGCUGGGGGCAAUGUGAACGUGGAGAUGAAUGCAGCCCCGGGGGUGGACCUGACCAUUCUGCUGAACAGCAUGAGGGCUGAGUAUGAGGACUUGGCUGAACAGAACCGCAAAGACGCGGAAGCCUGGUUCAACGAGAAGAGUGCAACGCUGCAACAACAGAUUUUUGAUGACGCAGGAGCAGCCACAGCGGCCAGAAAUGAGCUGACGGAACUUAAACGCAAUCUGCAAACCCUGGAAAUAGAACUUCAGUCCCUCAUGGCUAUGAAACAUUCCUAUGAAUGCUCCUUGGCUGAGAUGGAAGGAAAUUACUGUGAUCAACUCCAGCAAAUUCAGGAUCAGAUCGGAGCAAUGGAGGAACAACUGCAACAGAUUCGAACGGAAACAGAAGGCCAGAAGCUGGAGUAUGAACAGCUUCUUGACAUUAAAAUCUUUUUAGAAAAAGAAAUUGAAAUUUAUUGCAACUUAAUAGAUGGAGAAGAAAGAAAAUGCAAAUCCACAUGUUAUGAAUCAAAAGGCUGCAAGCCUGAAAAUUCUGGAAAUCAAGUCAAAGACUCAACAGAAGAAACUGUUGUCAAAACAGUGGUUGAGGAACUAGAUCAAGUUGGCAAUGUCCUUUCACUGAGAGUCCACUCAGUUGAAGAAAAAUCCUCUAAAAUAAGCAACAUUACAGUGGAGCAACGAGUACCUUCGAAAGACCAUAAUGAAAAAAAACUUCUUUGAAGAAAACAAAACAAAACAAAGCCUGCCUUUCUAAAAUCCCAUUGGUCAAAUAACUCAAGGAAGUUAUUCAUUUCUGUUAUUAAAAAUGAAACUGCUAGAAUUCAUUUUCCCUCUCUUCCUUUUCUCAUGUUCUUUGCAUGUAAUCCUUUUCAAGAGAAGGAAAAAUCUUGCUGUCGCUAAUUUUUGUUUUUAUUUUGGAGGUCCUUUUUGCCACUUUAUUAAAAAUUCUUUUGUUGCAA